AUAAAAUGUUCAAGGUGCAUUUUAUUAUGAGGUUUGUCUGCAAACGUGAUAAUUGAUUGAUAAUUCAUUCGUGGUGUGUUUUUUAUUCCGAUCAGUCAUGGCGAAUGUAUUGUUAGUGUUUUGUGUUUUAUUUUCAAUUUUUUGUUGUCUUUUAGCAGAAAAAUGUGCUGUCAACGAACAAUGGACCUCCUGCCCCACACAUUGUGGCGAAUUUUGCCCAACAAACGAAGCGAGUAUUAAAGAAGAGGGCCUAUGUGCGACCACUGAGGAGUGCUCAAAAGUUGCUUGUCAAUGUUUGUUUAACUACCGCCGUUUGAGCAAUGGGACUUGUGUGCCAACUACACAAUGUCCUCCCGUGAACUGCACCAGUCCCAACGAAUAUUUCGACCCAUGUCCGCCAUUUUGUCCCACGGAUGACUGCUCGAACGCAACUCAAAAUGGCCGCUGCGGCAUACCCUUCAUCCAGCUCGAAAUAGUUCUACCUUGCACGCCUAGAUGUCGCUGUGUCAAAGACUUUUGGAGGAAGGACGGAGUCUGUGUACCCUAUGAUCAAUGUUUCAAAACCCAAGAAUAUAAUGAAGCGACGACAAGCAAAAAGUGUUGCAAUGGCCCUAACGAGUCAUACACGGCAGAGAAAAAGAGCUGCCCUCCCGAUAUUUGCGUCUCGCUCGUGAGCCGGUACGACUGCACCAAGUUCCCCCCUCCAGCGCCGGGAUGCGCCUGCGACUCCGGGUACCUCCGGCCUGAAGAAGGAGAAGACUGUGUCCCGAUUUGUCAAUGUCCUCAGAUGAAGCAUAGUGUGCAAUGCCAAUCAGACGAUCAUGAAGUAGAAAAUAACCAGUUGAGAUUCGACGCGGUCAUGUGGGGAUUUCUGAUAUUUUGCUGUGCGUUUUCCCUGUGCGCGGCGAACGAGGCUGGAUCACUUAGAUGUAAUCGCCCGAAUGAAAGAGUAGCAUGUGUUCAUCCAUGUCCUCCAGAAAAAUCUUGCCGUAAUAGAGAUAUAAGAUUCAGCUGCAUAAUAGAAGGAAAAUGUAAAGAUAAAUGCGUGUGCAAAGAGGGCUAUUUCAGGAACGUACUGGGUGACUGUAUUAAGGGAGAAGAAUGUGAUAUGUGUCCCGGAAGAAACGAGUACUUUUCAUGUGGACCCGAAUGCGACAACGUGUGUUCGGAACUACACAUGCAGAAUCGAACCAACUGCCCUAUUGUAAAUAUUGUGUGUAACCGAAAGUGUUAUUGUGACGACGGUUUCGCGAGAGAUGCGGACAAGAAUUGUGUGCCAGUUGAAGAUUGUCCAAAAGAAAGCAGCAGAAUUAAACGAGAAAUCCCAACUGAACCAAAAUGUGGCCAGAACGAAGAAUACCAGAGCUGCAAGAAGACUUGUCCGCCAGAGACCUGCAUAUCCUUAGUGGCCAGGUUCAAGUGUAACUCGAAGGAGCCUUGCAGACCCAGGUGUGCUUGCAAACCAGGCUUCCUCAGGAAGAAGACUGGAGAACCAUGCGUGCCUAUGCGACAAUGCCCGGAGCUAGCAAAUUCUCCAGAUUUUAAUUAGUUUCAUAAAUUAG